AUGUCAUCUGACGAUGAUGACUUUAUAGUUAUUUCGUUCAACAUGCUGCCUGCUGAGAAGCUCAAUCCACAAAGUCCGGGUAAAGUCAAAGAGCAAAAGAAAAAGAGCCACGAAUUAAUUGUUACCAAAUCGAAUUGGAAUAUCGUAAAUAGUGAAGAGGCCCAGGAUUUAAUUAAAAAAGUCGGAUCUGAUAUUAUAAUAAAUAGCUUUGCAUGCAACUUUAAAGUGGACGGCGAAUUGGACAAGGAUGUAAAUGAAGCAAAUUUUCUUAACCGACGCUUAUCCGAAAAAUUCUCACUUACCUCUUACAAGCAACAUAACAAAGAUAAACCAUUGACUCUUUCCUCCACGAUGUUUAAACAGAGUGAUUAUGGCGAUUGUCCGACGAAUUUUAAAAACCGUCUUGGCUUGAAAGGCGAUCAAGACCUCUAUGUGAUAAACAAUGUGGACAUGACUCCGUGGUCCACAGAAUUAAAUUUCAUCACCAAACUUACAAAGGCUUUCAAAGAAGCCUUGGAAGAGUUGGUCAAGCUUUCAAUCAAGCGCAACACAAAAAAUCCAAAUCAUCCUUUCCACAUUCCAUCAAACGAAAAAAUUUACAAUUAUACGAUACAUCCAUUUUUCAUGCAAGGCACCAACGAAAUUUGUUUAACACACUUGUCGCUAUUUCAGUUAAAAACUCAUCAUCAAGUUAUUAUUAAAGUCAAGAUACCAGAAAAAGUAAUGAAAAAAUACAGGGAGUUGCAUAAAAAAGAUCCCUUAAAAGUGCGAAUUCUUUGUUCCCAAGAUGGUAUUACAGUCAAUCAGAUUGCAACUGAGGGAAAUUCUUUUAUGAUUUUUAUUACCGAGACAUUCAAUCCUUACGUGGCAUUAAAAAAUCCAACAGCCGACUUGAAAAUCCAAGAUAAUAUAAUUGUUAAAUAUACUCCAAUUGACCCAUGGAAAAAAUUCUAUGAUAAAUUGAAGACUGAAAAGAAUUGGUAUGAAAAAGAUGCAGUUGAGGAAUCGUUAGGAAAAUAA